AUCGCAACUUACCAAUGGUUCCUUGUACAUAAAUAGCGUCAUCGAAGAACAAAGACUAACAGGAACAUAUCAAUGUAUGGCAUCGCUACCAAAUGUUGGAUCUAUCGUAAGCAGGACUGCCAGACUUAGUGUAGCUAGUCUCGUGGGUUUUCUAGAGGAACCUCGUGACAUUACGGUGUAUAUAGGGCAAAAAGCCUACUUUGCUUGUUAUGUAGACGGUGCUCCUCCACCUAGAAUUCGGUGGUUAAAAGAUGAAAGGCCUCUUCAAGUUGACGACCUACGAAUGGCUAUUUUACCUUCAGGAGCUUUGGAGAUCGACGAGGUCAUGGAGUCAGAUCAAGGUUCAUAUAGAUGUAACGCCUCAGGUUUUAAUUCAUACAAACUAAGCAAUAAAGCAAUCCUUUAUAUAAAUCUGGACCAAGAACAAGCAGCUCACGUGGCACCACCUAGUUUUAUAGCACAACCACGAGCUGGCAAAUACGUAGAAGGGCAAAACGUAUCAUUAGACUGUGCAGCUAAUGGAAAUCCAGAUCCUAGCAUCACUUGGUUGAAAGAUGGAUACCCGAUUGAUCUAAAUGAUUUGGAUAGUAGAUUUACUUUAGUGGGUACGACGAGUUCUUUAAGGAUAACAAAAAUUCAGGAGGAGGAUGCAGGAACUUAUCAGUGCAGAGCACACAAUAGAGAGGACAGCCUAGAUGCUUCUGCUUUAAUUCAAAUACAGGUGCCUCCAAAAUUUCGUAAGAAGCCUCAAGAUAAAACUGAAUAUCCUACAAAAGACGUAGAGCUAGAAUGUUCUGUAUAUGGUAUCCCCGAACCGAAAAUCCAAUGGUUUAAGAAUGGAGAGCUAGUUAAAUACACAGAGUAUUAUAAUUUAGUGAAUGGCUAUAAUCUAAAAAUUAUGGGCCUCAUGACAACAGACUCUGGACUGUUCCAGUGUUUUGCCUCUAAUGCCGCAGGCAGUGUUCAGGCGUCUGCCAGCCUCAAAGUUAUAACAAAUCCAGGUACACUUCCACCAGUAGCAGAUAAGAAAAAAGCACAACAAAAAAUGAGACCUAAAAAAGCACAAUCUGGUCUCCGAAACACAGAACCAUCUUACAAACAACAAUCAAUAUCUUUAUUCUCCUCUCUGAAAUCUGAAAACACUGCUAACUUGGGUGAUGUAGAUUUCGGUCACUUACUAAAAACUAACGUACAAAACUCGGAGGGUGGAAUUUUUGAUCCGCAUAGUGCCUUUACGUCUCUAAAAAGUAGUGAAUCUAACAGUGAUAGCAUUAACCUGGGUGAUAUUCAAAGUGCUUAUUUUCCCUCCUCCCCAAAACCCCUUUCGGCAGGAAGUUCGGAGAAGAAUAUUAUUGACGGCUUGCCAGGACCACCCCAGGACCUGAAGGCGCCCAUCGUCAAAGCGAGAUUUAUUAUUCUAAGUUGGAAACCGCCACUAGAGAAUGGUGAUAGCAUACAGGCCUAUUCAGUUUAUUAUCGGCAGGAGGGGAGCGACAGAGAGCGAUACCAGAACACCAGCAGGUCGAAAUUGGAAGAAAUCAACAUUGGUGGCUUACUGCCCGGUCGCGUUUAUCACUUUCGAGUCGUUCCAAUCAACGCAUUGGGAGUAGGAGUAUCGUCCGAAAUUUUGACGGUCACUACGCAAUCGGAGGAACAUGUUGCUAGUGCACCACAAAACUUUGAAGUCUACGCCACUAGUCCGCGAAAUAUUCAUAUAAAUUGGCAACCGCCUGAAACACCUAAUGGGAAAAUUCUGCGUUAUACAAUCUACUAUAUGGAGACAAGUGUCUCUUUAGAACACAAUGUAGAUACGGUGGAGUUAUCAUACGAUUUGAUGGGCUUAAAUCCAUACACUGAGUACAGUGUGUGGGUAGUGGCAGUAAAUCACAAUGGUGCCGGAGCUGCUACAGAGGAGAAGCUAGUGAGGACUUUCAGUACGACACCUUCCGAAGCUCCAAGCAAUGUUACCACAGAACCUUCCAGUACCAAUAUUGUUGUGCGAUGGGAGCCCCCACCACCCGAGUCUCAAAACGGCAUAAUUUUAGGUUAUAAAAUUAAGUACCGGAAACAGGGGAAAGGUAAAGGAAAUACAAUAACCACACAACCAAGUGACAGACACUACUUCAUCGGUGAUUUAGAAAGAGGUGCGGUGUAUCAAAUUAGGUUAUGGGCGAUGAAUGUUAAUGGUACUGGGCCCCCAACAGAUUGGAUAGAUGUUGAAACCUUCCAGAACGAUGUUGAUGAAAGCAAAGUGCCUGAUAAACCCAGUGUUAUAAGAGUCCGUCCUACUUUCGAUAAACUCUAUGUGAUGUGGUCGCCACCCCAGAAUCAGAACAUAAGGGUGCGACACUAUAUACUUGGCUGGGGAAAAGGCAUCCCCGAUAUGUAUUCUCAGGAAUUAGGUGAAAGAAACCGAACAUACAUAAUUGAGCGACUAGAACCAAAUUCGGAAUAUGUUCUGAGCUUGAGGGCUAGUAAUCAAGUCGGGGCUGGUCCGCCUAUAUACACAACUAUUCGAACUCAGGACGAACCCCCUCCAGAACCCUCAGCAGCCUUGUACCCUCCCAUGGGGCUUAAAGCACAAGUUUUGAGUACCACUUCUGUGGUUUUGUACUGGACAGAUCCUACUUUAAAACAAAGCCAGUAUGUGAGAGACAGUCGAUAUUAUACUGUUAAGUAUACUGAUGAAAAAACACAGAAGUCUCGAUUUCUUAACGUUACGGAUUUGAAUGUGAUGGUCGACGAUCUCAAGCCAAAUACUUUAUAUGAUUUUUCUGUUAAAUUGGUUAAAGGCCGCAAAGCGAGCUCCUGGAGUAUGGUUGUGCAAAAUCGCACCUGGGAGCUUCCUCCAAAUGUAGCGCCUAGAGACCUAGACGUACAUUUAAAAGAUGAAGAAUCACAGUUGGUUGAAUUAACUUGGCAACCCCCCAAAAUUACAAGCGGACGUAUAACUGGUUACGUUAUUCUUUAUUCUGACAACAAGACUUUUCCUGAUCCCGAAUGGAACGUCUCUGCAGUCAAGGGUGAUGUCCAUUCAAGCAUCAUUUAUGACCUGAAACCUUUUACUGUGUAUUAUUUUAAAGUGCAAGCAAGAAACAGUAGAGGAUAUGGGCCGUUUUCUAAUUUGGUGUCGUUUAGGACUGGUCGAAAUGUAGCCACGCAUGCCUCGGUUCAAGGCCAGCAGUCGGAUACCAAUGGUGUAUUUUCUGGAAAUAUGCUACUGUACAUCAUCAUUGGUGGCUGCAUACUUGCCGUUACAACCAUAGCAGUAGUCCUCAUCUUCUUCUGUUGUCGCAAACGAAACAUACCUAUGUCCCCUGAUAGAACCAAGAAAGGUUACCAAAAGGGAACGCAGGGUGUUAAACCUCCCGACCUGUGGAUUCACCAUGAUCAGAUGGAGCUUAAAGCCAUGGAGAAGAGACAUUCAAAUAAUGACGGUGCCAGCAGUAGUGGUGCUAUGACGUUACCCAGGAGUGUGGGUGGGAACGAGUACGAAACACAUGAGAACAUCCACACAAAUUCUUUAGAUAAACGAUCUUAUGUUCCUAAUUAUGUUGGUGAUGAUAAAAACAAAAGAGCAGUGAAAUCGAAGCUGAUCACGUUACCAGUAGAUUCCAAACCACCAAGAGAGCCAAUAGCAACACCUAUAAAUACUGCCACUCUUAGCCAAUCGAGUUCAGAUUCUACACCCUCUAGCAGGCCGCCAUACCCAAGAACGCAAUAUUCUAUGCCAAGAGCUCACGUCUCACUAGAUUCUAACAAUCAGGCAGCGGAAAAUAUAUACACAUCACAUCCAACACAUUCUAGCUAUGAUAGUAACAGUUCCUCAAAUCCAGGGUUUGUGAGCCAACCGCAGCCACCGGUUGCUCACAUCCCACCCGGGAGUACUUACGCCCCGGGAAUGAGCAUUCUUGCCGAAAGUCAAGGGGGUAAGAGGGUGCAGGGCCAAGGACACCCGCUCAAGAGUUUCACCGUACCUGCGCCUCCUCCCAUAUCAGCUCCAGGUACUCCUCAGCCGAAACAUAUCGUUACAGUCCGACCGAACGCGUCUCCAUACAAGAAACCUCCGACGAGCAGUUCGAUUACUUUAACAAACACUCCACCAUCCAGAAUUAGUGCCUCUAACCCGCCUCCCCACACCGCUGAGGAGGUGCAAAGACUGCAGCCCUCCCAUUCGACGGAGGAGCUCAACCAGGAGAUGGCCAACUUAGAGGGGCUAAUGUUAACAUUAAAUGCCAUCACGGCGAAUGAGUUCGAGUGUUAGGUUAGAGCUGAGGAGCUGCAAAGAUGGAAUCGUACUUUUUUUAAGGUGAAAUUUAAGACUGAUUUCAAAUAAGAUUUGUUACCAGUUUUUGUUUUUUUUUUGUCCAAUUUUAAGAUGAAAGAAAUGAGUGUGUGAAUAUUGAGUGUAGAUUUUAGUAGGAAUUAUUGUGUCAAUAAAUUACCUUACAAAUGAAACAGAUAAUUAGUGAAUUUGGAUAGAUAAAUCUUAGAAAAAGAUGAAAUACAUAACUAACUGUUUCAAGAAAAUAUAGUUUUAAAAUUU